UCUGGUCAACGAGAAUUCGCGAGAACCAAAAUGUCUGCACCCACAAUGAACACAUGAUGUUGUUGAAAACCAGUAUAGAUAAGGUUUUUAAGCAUUUGUGAGCAGCAAUGAAAACUAAACGACUAAAACAGGCCAGGAAAAUUGUAGGGUUUUAUAAGAGCUAUUUCGACAUCUGUCCUCCAUUCAGCAUAUUGAUAGAUGGGACUUUCUGCAAAGCUGCCUUGCAGUUCAAAAUCAACAUCAGGGAACAAUUGCCUAAAUACUUGGAGUCAGAACUUAAGCUUUGUACCACGCUUUGUGCGAAGGCUGAGUGCGAAGAUCUAGGGCCUUUGUUAUACGGUCCCUUCAAGGUCCUUCAACAGUUUGAUUUAGAAAGUUGUGGUCACCACAGUCCAUUGACAGCUGCAAAAUGUUUCCAAUCUGUUAUGAAGAAAAAGAAAAGUAUUUUUGUUGCCACACAGGACCAAGACCUUCAAGAGAUUGCCAGAAACAGGAAAGGAACACCUUUGCUUUAUAUUACACACAAUGCAAUCAUUCUUGACAAUCCCUCCAACAAGUCGAGGCACUCUGCAGAACGCAAUGUUGCUAAUAAGAUUUCACUGUCACAUCAUGAACAGGAGCAAUUAAAUAGGCUCAAGAGGACAGUUUUUGGCCAUGAUGAAUUGAAGAAAAGGAAAAGAAAAAAGAAGAAAGGAGUGAACCCCUUAUCUUGUAAAAAGAAGAAGACCAAACCAAAAGAACCUAUAUUAAAAAAUGGUGUGCAAAAAAGAAAAAGAAAAAAGAAGAUUAAAAUUGCCCCACACAUUAUUGAACAUUUGAAAAGCUCUUCUUGAAUGAACUUUUUCUUUGUUAACUUAUUUUUAAAUACACUGCUAUCUCCUGUCCUAGAACAAAGAUAAAGGAAUAAAAGUAAACAUGUUAUUUGAAA